GUGCCUCCUCGUCGCGGCCGCGGCGGUGCUCUGUCUCUCCUCCCUGUCCUCCCGCGGCCACCGUGGCCACCGUGAGAUUGGUGGUGGCAGCCACGGGAUCGUGCCCGGCGGCAGCGGCGGAGUGACGACACCGAGGGUCACGAUCUUCUCUGCGCUGCGCUCGCCGCCGGAGGGCUCGCGCGCGCGGCAGGAGCUGGCGGUGCGCUCCUGGCUCGCGCUCCCGGGGAACGUCAGUGUCGUGCUCCUAGGCGCCGGCCCCGAGACCGUCGCGCUCGCCGCGCGGCUCGGGCACCGGGUCGCCGUCGAUGCCGCCAUUGAUUUUGCGUUCACGGGGACGCCAUUCUUCCACUCGAUGGUCGCAAGAGCACAAGCUGCCGCCAACACCGACAUUUGCGUCCUUGUCGACGCCGAGAUCGUCCUUCUUCCCGAAAUUGUCAACGCAUUGGCUCGUUUCAGCAAGGUUGAUGCUGAUUGGUUCCUUGUUUCUCUGUCACGUAACGUCACCGAUUUCCAUUACCAGCUCGCUGACAAUGGAAGCCAUUGGGUACAAGCAGAUGGCGAAGAAGUGAGCUUCAAGAAGCUGCAGGAGAUUUCAGCUGACAAAUGGGCAUCAGAGAGCUCAGACAGAGGGCUGAUUGUGGCGUGGAACAAUCCAAGCAGUGCUUUACAUGCAGGAGUUCUGCCUUCUUUUCUGUAUGGAAGAGGAGUACACAACCUGUGGCUGGCUCACGAGGUUCUGUCGUCUGAGAUGAGGCUUUUCUUUGAUGCAAGCAGUCUGGUUCUUGGAUUGUACCCUGAAAGUCUUAGCUCCAUGCAUGACAUGACCUCGAGUAAGAAUGGAAGAUUACAUUCUGGAUCCUGGGAGUACAGUGUCAAUCGUCAUCUUGCUGCGAUUUAUGGCUCGUAUUGCUGUCGAUUACCAACAAGACACUUUCCUAUGCUGCAUAAAGUGGUAAAGAAAUCUGAAGACUAUAUGCUCAGCAAAGUUGACGAACUCACAUUAUCAGAUUUUUUCAUCAGUAAAGAAGGAAAUGCCCCUGGAGGAGAUAGUCUAUGGAACAUACAAAACAUUUCUUUAUCUGGAUAUCUACACAGCUAUCCUCCUGAGACCUCACCACCCGAUCUUCCAUAUUCUUUGGGUAUGCUGCUUGAGCUUGUUGCUGAUAAAAAUAGGUCGGUUGUCCUUGGUGUGGCUGGAGCAGGUUACAGGGACAUGCUCAUGAGUUGGGUGUGCCGUUUGCGUCAUCUUAGAGUUACCAAUUUUAUAGUAUGUGCCGUAGACCAUGAGACAUAUGAAUUCUCAGUUUUACAGGGUUUGCCUGUUUUCAUAGAUCCACUAUCACCAAAGAAUGUCAGCAUUGAUGAUUGCCACUUUGGAACAAAGUGUUUUCAACAAGUGACAAAAGUGAAGUCACGAAUUGUUCUGGAGAUAUUAAGACUGGGAUAUAAUGUACUGUUGAGCGAUGUUGAUGUUUAUUGGUUUGACAAUCCAAUGCCAUUCCUAUACUCUCUUGGUCCUGCUAUAUUUGGAGCACAAUCUGAUGAAUACAAUGAGACAGGACCAAUAAAUUUGCCACGCCGAUUGAAUUCAGGAUUUUACUUUGCUCGCUCAGACAACGCCACCAUCACUGCAAUGGAGAUGAUAGUAGGCCAUGCAACCAAUUCAGGCUUAUCUGAGCAACCGAGUUUCUAUGAUGUCUUGUGUGGGGAAAACGGAAUAAACCGCAUCGGUGACGACAAAUGCUUGGAGCCCAACACAAACCUGAAUGUUGUGUUCCUAAACCGGGACUUGUUCCCCAAUGGUGCUUACAAGGGCCUAUGGGAGAAGCAUGAUGUACGUGCAGCUUGCAAAGAGCUUGGCUGUUUCAUCAUUCAUAACAAUUGGAUAAAUAAGAGAAAAAAGAAGCUCCACCGACAAAUGUCAUCUGGGCUGUGGGACUACGAUCCUAGCUCUAGGCAGUGCUUCCAGGAAUGGAGUGACAGAAGUAUCUUCAGAAUGAUCGGGCAAUUCCAUCUGUUUGAGGACACUAACAGUUAGUGGUUUCCAACCAUAUAUAACCGAUGAUAUGCCAUAUCUUAAUAUGGAACGCCUAUAUUCAUGUAUAGUAUAUGUGCAUGAAGCUGAACCCUAUUAUAUGCAUACAUAGUUUUUUUUAGGCAGAUUAUAUUCUUGUGCUAGAAAAGCAAAAAAUGUUUCCCAAUUUGAUUAUACAUAAAGCACAAUUUUUUAUACCUAGUAGACUGGUUAACUUACUAACCCUCAUCCCCUGUUAAAUUCGCAUAUUUGAUAUUGAUACUUCCAUUCGACUUCCUGCAAUUACAAUCUAAUCUAAAAUCAUUAAUUGGACAUUGUGUUUGACCCCACCCUUCUGUGACUCCAAUAAAACCAAGUUUCUGUAAUUUUCAUUGCUGAAUAAGUAAUUCAGCAUUCAGUUCAGAGUCAACAGCUUCGUUUGGUGUUUAGCUGAGCAUCUCAACGGUUCACCAGCUCAGAGAAAAAUGGCAUGGUUUCACAAAACAUGGUGGGGUGAAAGGAUAAGAAAAGAUGGAACUCUUUAAAGUCCAGAUUUCCUUUGUCAAAGCUGAUUAUAGUUUUCCAAACAAAAUGAUAAAA